CCCAUCUCCCACCAACCACCUCCCUCCGAUCUCCCCGUCCCAUAUCGGCGUUAGGAGGAGCUCGGGGCCAUCCGUUCUCAUUCGGGCCGUACCCAAAACCUCCUUCCCCCCCUUUUUUUUUCUCUUCGUUUCCUCCACGUCGCAGCGGCCAUUGGUUCCUGUCGGCGCCGCGUCCUGACGCUGGGGCUGGGGUUGGGGCUGGGCCGGCCCCGGAGAUGGUCGCUCUCUACCGGCAGCGCCGCAUCCCCCGUAGGAGGCUCCGUGAAGACCCCCCCCCCACCUCGUUCCUUUCCUCCCCAGACCGGAGCCGUUUUGCUUUUUUGGAUGGAGCAGCAUCCCGACCUUUCUGCACGCGCUGCGCCGAGCUCUGCGAGCCUGGUCGAUGCUCGGUGGCUGAAGCUGCAGGUGUCUGCAUUGCAGGUUUCUGAUGGCUCAGCCCCAUUGGAUUCGCCGGAGGGUGCCAUGAACUGAGUGCCCGGCUCCUUUCCGUUUGGUUCCCUUCGGUUCUUCAUCGUUCCCUUUCUCCCAUUCAUUUUUCAUGAGAACAUUUUAAAAGGGGGUUCCUCUCACACGUCCCCCCCCCUCCCCCCCCUCAAGCGACGCUGUGCUGAGGAUCUCCUGACAAGAAGAUGGGGAGGAAAAAGAUCCAGAUCCAGCGGAUCACAGAUGAGAGGAACCGACAGGUGACCUUCACCAAGCGUAAGUUCGGUUUGAUGAAGAAAGCCUACGAGCUGAGCGUGUUGUGCGACUGCGAGAUCGCCCUGAUCAUCUUCAACCACUCCAACAAGCUGUUCCAAUAUGCCAGCACCGACAUGGACAAAGUGCUGCUCAAAUACACGGAAUACAGUGAGCCCCAUGAGAGCCGGACCAAUGCAGACAUCAUUGAGGCGCUGAACAAGAAGCACAGGGAAUGCGAAAGCCCAGAAGGGGAUGAAGUGUUUGCAUUGACCCCGCAGACGGAAGAGAAAUAUAAAAAGAUUGAUGAGGAGUUUGAUAAAAUGAUGCAGAGUUACCGGCUCGCAUCUGCAGUGCCCACGCCAAACUUUGCCAUGCCAGUGACGGUUCCUGUGACCAACCAGAACACGCUGCAGUUCAGCAGCCCAGGCAGCUCUUUGGUGACCCAAUCCUUGGUGACUUCAUCACUCACAGACCCCCGGCUCCUCUCACCACAGCAGCCAACACUGCAGAGGAACACCGUAUCCCCAGGGCUGCCACAACGACCAGCCAGUGCAGGGGCGAUGCUUGGGGGUGACCUGAACAACACCAACGGAGCCUGCCCAAGCCCUGUGGGUAACGGCUACGUGAGUGCUCGUGCCUCCCCUGGUCUCCUUCCCGUCUCUAAUGGCAGCACUUUGGGCAAGAUCAUCCCAGCCAAAUCCCCUCCACCUCCACCCCACAGCACCCAACUCGCCUCCAACAGCCGCAAGCCGGACCUGCGUGUUAUCACCUCUCAGAGCGGCAAAGGCUUAAUGCACCACCUGACGGAGGAUCACUUGGCUCUGCAGAACACCCAGCGGUUAGGUGUCUCCCAAGCGACUCACUCUCUAACCACGCCGGUUGUUUCUGUGGCCACCCCGAGCCUGCUGACACAGGGCCUGCCCUUCUCUGCCAUGCCGACCGCAUACAACACAGAUUAUCAGCUGACAAGUGCUGAGUUAUCUUCGCUGCCAGCAUUCAGCUCACCUGGUGGGUUGUCCCUUGGCAACAUCUCUGCCUGGCAGCAGCAGCAGCAACAGCAGCAGCAACAGCAGCAGCAGCAGCAGCAACAACAGCAACAGCAGCAGCAGCAGCAACAACAACAGCAACAGCAGCAGCAGCAACAGCAGCAGCAGCAGCAGCAGCACCUGGUUCCUGUAUCACUAGGAAAUUUAAUACAAGGGAGCCACUUGUCCCACACCACCACUUUGACUGUCAACACCAACCCCAACAUCAGCAUCAAGUCGGAGCCCGUCUCACCCAACAGGGAACGAAACACUGCCACCCCACUCAGCACCUUCCCCCACCAACCCCGCCACGAGCCCACCGGCCGCUCGCCCGUCGACAGCCUCAGCAGCUCCAGCAGCUCCUACGAGGGCAGCAGUGAACGAGAUGAUCCCUCUCGCACCGACUUCAGCUCCUCCUUGGGGCUGCUGCGCCCUGGUGGUGAGCCCGAGGGGGAAAGCCCUUCGGUGAAACGCAUGAGGUUGGAUACUUGGGUCACAUAACGGGGUCCCCCGUCAUCCCCUGGAGCGCCGCUGGUUUGCAGCGGGGAGGGGAAAGAAAAAAGGGGGGUGUGGGAGGGGAGGAAUUGUGGGGGACAAAACGGGUUUUAGGGGUUGGGGUGGGGAGAUUUAUCAUAAACUGCCUGAGAAAAUAGCUUUAGGAUUUUUGUAGGCAUUCAUUCUAGCACAAUGGGCGACGCACGCAGUUCGUCCAGCUGGGGAGCUGCGAGUUUCAGGGUGGGUGGCACAGGAAUCAAAGGGAGACGGAUUGGAGCUGGGGGCUGUGGGGUUGCGUUGGUGCAGCAAUGAAGGUGCUGAGCAUCCCCAAGGGCUGCCCAACAACCUGGGCAGGGGGGGGAUGGUUUCAGCCCCAUGGAAUGAGGCUGUGUGCUGCAGCAUCGCUUGGAGGUGUGGGGGGAAUGUGAGACAGGUUUAAGGCUCUGUUUGGGUGAGAGGUGGUUGUGGACAUCAUUAUCCUUCCCUAUAGAGAAGGGAGCAAUGCUGCUUCUGGCCAUGGUCAUCCAAAGCUUGCAGCCACCUCUGCUGAGGUCCCAUUGAACCCUGCAGGGUGCUUGGCUGUGUCAAGGCUGGAUUGUACCAAACAAGAUGUGCAAGUGUGUUUGAAAGGCAUUCCCUGUUCUGUAUGGGUCAAAGCUUUAAGUUAGAAGUUAGGGGUAAAUCGUUGUUAUUUAAGGAUUGCCACUGAAAUAACGUCCUUAGGGAUUUUGCCUUGGGAGUUGUGGGCUGAACUGUGCAGGAUCUCUGCAUAGACCCCAGUAGAGCUGGGGUGGGGGGGGGUUCCAGCCCAACCUGUUGCAGUGGGUUGGACUGUAAUGAAAUGAAGGUAGGCAACUUAAAGCGAGCAGUCAGGGGAAGUCCUCUGGGGAGGACUCUAAUUUGGGUUGGAGUGAAUGGUGAUGGCUGUAGAGAGGCAGCACGGAGCCAACGCAGCCCCACAUCCCUGCACGGUGCUGCAGAGAUGUGCAGGCAGCAAUCUCCUGCUUGAAAACCUUUGAAAAGUCCCAUUUGCCACCAUUUCUCCAUAGGCUGGUUUAGUUCUGAAUACGAAACGCUGGCGUUCCUUUCCCAUAUGGGCAGAUUCUGUGCCGUGUACCCCAAUCCUUCUCUCUCCGCCUCAAACCCUGCAUGGUGUGAUCCGGGCUUCUCAUCCACACCGAGUUGACGUGGAUCUGUCCCCACGUCCCAGCUCCAUCCCUCUGUCCCAGCUCUAUCCCCAUCGUGUCCAUCCAAGAAGCAUCCACACCGCCAGCACCCGGCGGCCCUGCGUGCAUCGGACCCACACGGCAGCUCUUUGCACGGCCUCGCUUUGGAAAUUAGGUGGGAUUGACGAUGUCUCGUCGCUCUCAUUUCCUUUUCUUUUUUUCCUGACCGUCCUGCAAGAAAAAAACGCCGCAACCAAACGUUUUCCAGCCCUUCAAAGGAGCAGGAAGGGGCAGCAAUGCGGCACUUGGAGGGCGACGGGACGUUUGUGCUCAUUGACUUCACGCCCUGACUUCACAUCUCAAGAGAGCCGGAAAAAAAAUACAAUAAAAUACAAUAAACGAACGAACAAAACCCAUAAAGCAUCACUGCUUUUCAGCCACGCGGAGUUUGGGCCGCUUGGUGUGCGCCAACGCAUGCCAAACCCAAGCGCAUCCGCAAGCAGCGCAACGUCGGGACUCUACAUUGACGCAUCGGGUUGGCACAUUGGGAUCCCCUCCAUCCCAUUACAAGCUCGGGGUGUGUAUCAUCAUGAUGCCCAGGUCAUUAAUUCCCUAUUAAAAGAGUCCAGGAAACUCCUCCUAAUUUUCAAAAGACACAACGAGAAACGACAAUCUUAAAGAAACCAACACCCUCCUUCGUGCUUCUAUCGGAUCUUUGCUGUUUUCUUUCUCGUGCUCAUCUGUACUGUUGACGGUUACAAUUGUGUAUAAUUGUUGGGGUUUUUUUUUUAUUAUUAUUAUUAUUUGGAUUUUUUUUUGGCGUAUGGGGUUUAGUUUGAAUAUAUAUAUAUAUUUUUUUUCCCAUUAUUAUUAUUUUUUAAAGGGGUGUUGCAAAAAACCAAACGAAAACCACACACACACAUACACAUACAAACGAAUAUCGCACGGUUGAAAAGACAACACUUAAAAUGCUGCAGUUUUUAAGAGACGUGGAAGUCGAAACGGAGCUUAUUUAUUCUCCAAAGGCUGUAAAAUGCAUGAAGACUAAAAAGAACCAAAACCCGACCUUUUACAUUAAAAACAAGAGAGACAAGAGAGGAAAGGUGGAACCCGGAGCGAACCGUAACGUUAUGAAUUGGAGACCCCCCCCCUUUGCCCCCCAAUCCAGCUCAUAUAUUGUGUUUGGGCUAUAGUUUGCUUUUGUUUUUAAUGGUUUCUUUUUAUUCGGGGGGUGGGAUGGGGGAGAAUGAAAUACAGUUGUGUAUAUUUUUUUUCCUAUGAGAAGUACGCACUGAUAUGUUUGGGAAAUGCUAUCGUUGCUUUACUGAAAGCGUUGGUUGCUUCACCAAAGCCUGGUUCUGAUCUGUACCCCCUAUAUCCCUCCAUACCCCCACCUACCCACCCCACUGACCCCCCCCCACCCCUCGCCCUACUCCCCCUGUGUGCUCCCAUGACACAGUGGGAUAUGGGUGGGGGGCUGCCCCCUUGGUUGGGCAAUGUGUGCAGUGAGAAGCGGCGCUGCUCUGCUCUCAGCCCCAUAUUGCUGGGGUUGGAGGGGAGGGGAUGUGUGUCCAUGUGCCCCCCCCUGGGACCUCCAGCUCUAGAGUGCAAGAGGAUGGAGGUGAGGAAUGGGGAGGGGAAAUGCUUUCUCCCCCUUUUUGCUCCUCUCCUUCUCUUAAAGCUCUCUGCCAAGCAUGGAUGUGGCCCAGGGCUCUCCAACCCCCCAUCCCCAUCCACCUCUCCAUACUGGGGCUCUGCAGGCUCCUUUUCUUACCUUCACACCCUCUUUUCCUCCCUUCUCUUCACCUCCCUGUUUCACUUCAUGACACAGACCCAAACACAAGCAUUGCGUUCUCACUACCUCCGUCCCCAUCCCGCAACCUAAAGCCAUGCUGGAUCAGGAGGUCCCUCUCCUGCUGUGCUUUCCCCUUCCCCUCUCUGAUCUCCCUUGUAGUAUUUGAUCCCUGGCUACUGUAACUGUAAAUAGCGAGCUUCACUAUGUCAGCAAUGCUAACAGUACAGAAAACUGGGUUUUAUUUUGGGGGGGGGGGUUGUCUUGUUUUUGGUUGUUUGUAUGAUAUGAAAUGAGAUUUCUAUUUUUGUCAGAGUAUAUUGUAAUAAUACUGCCUUGGGCAUGGC